AUGACGGACAUAAGCCAUUUCCCAAACCUCAACCAUGCUGAAUUCGCAGAAGCCUGCCACCUACUAGACAGCAGAUAUCGCCAGGCUACACUUGGACCGCUGCGGCGAAGAUGGAAGCUCAAUGUCUGUACUGCGCUGGCCACGUCGUUUUCGCACGACAACGACGGCCACACUACAUACAUACAAAUCGUUCGCCCGCUGGAAGGGGAUGUUGAUCUGCCGUUUGACCUGGGCGGCUUUUCAAUCUCCGAGAAUGCUACUGAGAACUUGACUAAUUCACUCGACGCUGAAAUGUUGGAAACGGAAGAGUCAGACAAGCAUGUCAUUCCAACCCGAAACGCCGGCCCCGAUGUUGGCUAUGUAACAUAUGAGAUUCACCUCCAUCCUACAUAUCGUGUGCCGUGCCUGUGGUUUACUCUGCAUGGGCUGCCCGAGUCCGAGUCAGCCUUCAGCAUCGACACCGUUUUCCGCCGCUUGGUCCCUGAUAGCUAUAAAGAGACUCUCCGUGCCGGCCUGGGCAUCGGCGCCAUAUCAACAGACCACCAUCCUGUCACUGGGCUACCGUCCUUCUUUAUCCACCCCUGCCAGCUAGCUGAGGCGAUGACGCCGUUUCCAUGUAGCAAGCGAGAUUAUUUGAUCAUAUGGCUCGGAAUAGUCGGCGGCUGCGUCAGUCUCUGGGCGCCCAAGGAACUAAUGGUGCAGUGA